CUCCGUGGUGGUUGGGUGGGUCGGAGGGUUCCUUUCUUCCUCGGAAGUCGACCUCAGGUGGACCUCAUCAAGGUCUGAGCCUCCCCGAGUUCUCGAAGACGCUCCAUCCGAGGAAGAAGACGAAGAGGAAGAGCGGUCGAAAUUCUAAGAAAAACGUCUGGAGACAUUGUGAUAAAGAAGGGAGGAUUAUACGAGGAUUUUGGGGAUUUCGAGGAUUCCAGGACCCCUCGAUUUCUCGAAUCCAUCGGAAAUCCCUGGACCCAGCAUCCUUAGUCAUCCGGAAGACUCGCAUGUCGCAGACAUCUUGAGGGUGAAGACGGAUAAUCAUGGCGACCAUUAUCAGGUCUCUCAUAAAGGGCUAUCGGUACAUCAAUGAGGAAGUGGCAGAUCCCAGGACGAAGGAUUUCUUCCUCAUUAGCAGCCCAUGGCCAGUACUGAUAAUAAUGACGUCGUACCUGUACUUCGUGCAAACUCUUGGCCCGAGGCUUAUGGCGAAUAGAAAACCUUUCAAUCUCGACAGGAUAAUGCAGAUAUACAACGCAUUACAGAUCGUGUCCUGUGCAUGCCUCUUUUACACGGGAAUAAUCAUAGCUUUUAAAAAUAACUAUAGUUGGGUGUGCCAACCUGUGGACUAUUCGAACACCCCUGAAGCGAUCGAGGUCGCUUCUAUGGUGUGGUACUACUUUUUAUUAAAAAUCCUGGACCUUGCCGACACGGUGUUCUUCGUGCUUCGGAAAAAACAAAACCAGGUGUCUUUCCUACACGUGUACCACCAUACAGGGAUGCUUGCGGGUACCUGGGCUGGAGUGAAGUACCUUGCAGGUGGCCAAGUCACCUUUCUAGGAUUAAUCAACUGCUUCGUCCACGUGAUAAUGUACACGCACUAUUUGCUGACGUCGCUGAAGAUGGGCAGACCAUGGUGGAAGAAGUACAUCACGCAGAUGCAACUGAUGCAGUUCAUCGCGAUUCUGCUGCACUUUUCGCAGCUUCUAUGGACCGAGAAUUGCGGUUUCCCUCUCUGGCCGGCUGCCGUCUUGAUCCCGCAGAAUCUGUUCAUGAUCAUUCUCUUUGCGGACUUCUACUACAAGACUUACAUCAAGAAGCCGAAGGCGCAGAUCGAACGGAACGGCAUCGCGAAGGAAAGCAACGGCAAGACGAAGACCACCUAGGGACUCAGGCACCCCUAGGGACUUCACUUUCACCCUAGACUAAAAAUCGACCCUCAUCCUCGACCUCCCCUCCAAGAUCAUGCCACUCACCGAUAAAGACUAGACUUCAUCCCUCCACCCGGAGGAUUCUCUAACAAAGAAAGUAUCCCAGAUGUACAUCACCGACUUUGUUAUACAUUGCAGUAUGUCGAAAAAUAAGAAUCAUGUAUUCUUUUUUUUUUUUACACGUGGUUCAAUCAGGAAAUAUUCUUCCGUUCUUGAGAAAAUGUGAGAAAAUCGAUUUUUGGGAUCUAAUUCGGGAGUGGUUAAUCACCCCUUACACUUGUAAAUUAACACAUUAGAGAAAUACCUGGCUCUUAUUUUCUGUGUACUACAAUAUAUGUCAGAACCUAGAAUAUCGGUGAAGAACACCUGAGAUACUUUCCUUGUGAGACCUCGCCGAGCACCCUUAAGGGCCUUUGCAGAUUCCUCGCGUAAUUACAACUAUAAGAAUAGCAAUUAGAACUGGGGAACGAAAUUGCGGAAAAUUUACUAUGGCGCCCUAUUUUCGACCAGACAUUACUUUUACGCUUAGAUUUACCGUUUCGCGAGGUAUCUGAGAAGGCCUUAAAUCGUUCAUUGUCGACUUAGUGCGGAGAUAAUGCAGAAUUGUUUGAUGCAGUUUUUAACGUGGAUUUCUAGUUCUAGUGUUAAAACUGUCAUGGCGGCGGCUCGCCCGAUCAGCUGGGACUCCCCAAACGCCGUUUCUGUGUUCUUUGCCACUACGGACUAAAGUCUGUUGUGGCGUGCCUGGUUAACUGUAAGAUUCUAGUGCAAGGAACGACUGUUAUGUACCCUGAGAAAGUAAAAUACACACAUUGUUUUCCAGUA